GUUGGACGGGUCGCUCAUGCCGACCCUCGCCGCUCUCUAUGGUACCUGGGAGGAGCGGAGGGGGUGGUGCCGGGUUGCCGGCUCGGGUCCCACAGUCUCGCCAGUUUAAGCUGCGGACACCAUGGCGGCUCCGAAAGAGAAUGUCAGUUUACUGUUUAAAUUGUACUGCUUGACGGUGAUGACCCUGGUGGCUGCAACGUACACUGUAGCUUUACGAUACACGAGAAUAGCAGAAACAGAACUCUACUUUGCAACCACAGCUGUGUGCAUCACAGAAGUUAUCAAGUUAUUCCUAAGUGUGGGUAUUUUGGCCAAAGAAACUGGAAGCCUGGGUAGGUUGAUGACGUCUUUAAGAGAAAAUGUAUUAGGCAGCCCUAAGGAAUUGCUAAAAUUAAGUGUUCCAUCUGUGGUGUAUGCGGUCCAAAACAACAUGGCUUUCUUGGCUCUUAGCAAUUUGGAUGCAGCAGUCUACCAGGUGACAUAUCAGUUGAAGAUCCCGUGCACAGCCUUAUGUACGGUCUUAAUGUUAAACCGUUCCCUCAGUAAAUUGCAGUGGUUCUCAGUCUUUAUGUUGUGUUGUGGAGUCACACUUGUUCAGUGGAAACCUGCUCAGGUUACAAAAGUACAGAUGGAGCAGAAUCCGUGGUUAGGGUUUGGCGCUAUAGCUAUUGCUGUACUAUGUUCAGGAUUUGCAGGAGUCUAUUUUGAAAAGGUAUUAAAGAGUUCAGAUACUUCCCUAUGGGUGAGGAACAUUCAGAUGUACUUGUCUGGGAUUGUGGUGACUUUAGUUGGUGUUUACAUGUCAGAAGGAGCUCAAGUUCUCGAGAAAGGAUUUUUCUAUGGCUACACAUAUUAUGUUGGGUUUGUCAUCUUGCUUGCCAGUGUUGGAGGCCUCUACACUUCUGUUGUUGUUAAAUACACAGACAACAUUAUGAAAGGAUUUUCUGCAGCAGCAGCCAUUGUCCUUUCUACUGUUGCAUCAGUGAUGCUGUUUGGUUUACAGAUCACUGUAAGCUUUGCUCUCGGUGCUCUCCUUGUUUGUAUUUCUAUAUACCUGUAUGGAUUACCUCGACAAGACACCACAAAAAUCCAGCCACUGUUAGAGACAGUGAGUUCAAAAGAGAAACUUAUUCAUAUGUGAUGUUUGCUAUAACAAAGGACAAGAGACACUGCAAAGGAAAGACUUAGGAGGAAAAACUUGUUUUUAAUUGGCCUUAAACUAGUCAUGAAAAGACUUAACUUGGACAGAAUAAAAAGCAGCAGUUAAUUCUGCAAGGAAGUGAAGGGUUUUCAUUGGAUGAUACAGACUCUCCAUUAUUGCCAAGCUCCUGAAGAAGCUAGUUCAUGUAAGGCAUGUUCCUUUCAUGUUGGACUGUGAGGAGCCCACCUACCCGGAAUGAAGAACGAAGGAAUUGAACCUUCUGUUGUAUAUAAAAGAGGGACAUUCUCUCCGGCUGUAUUGAAUUGACUGUAUUGAAUUGACUGUAUUGUGCCAUUUAUGGGCAGAAAUGCUCAAAGGCUCUGUCUAAAAGAUAUCUCAUUGCCAAAGCUGCUCCUUGCACUCAUUUGGCUCCAGAAUUCUGAAAAUGUUGGUCUGCUUACCCAAAUGUAGGGAAAGAAGAACCUUUCCUUUGACUAAUAGGUGUAUCAUCUUGAAUACCAACUGGUUGCUGAGCUCACACCCUCUUUAGGUAAAUUAACUGUUAAUAAUAGGUAAGGCUACGAUUAUGUCACGGAAUCCGUGACUUCCAUUGACCUCUGUUACAUUUUCUGCCCUUGGCCUCACAGCUCCCAGCUGCCAACCUGGUGGGGGACCCUCAGCAGCUACCCAGCCACGGUGGGCGGCCGGCGGGACCCCGCGCACCUGCCGAGCCGCAGCAGGCACGCCCCACACCUGCCCAACUGCGGCCAGCGGCUGGAGGACUCUGCAGCUACCAGGUGCCCCGGGCAAGGGGAUCCCACAGCAGCCCAGCCCCAGGGGCAGGGAUACCCUGGAGCUCCCAUGCACUGCAGCAGUGGGUGCUGAACCCACCUACCCCUUUUGUCAAGGAUAUUUUUAGUGAAAGUCAGGGACAGGUCAUGGGAAUUCACGGCAGCCCCUGACCUGUUCUUGACUUCUACUAAAAAUAUCCCAGAUAAAAACUUAGUCUUACUAAUAGGAUGAAUGUGAGCAAGAGUGGACUGUCGAAAGGAAAAAACUACUAUCAUAAUAACUUCGUCUAUAUUGAACAUCUUUUAGUCACUAAGUACAAUUGUUGCUUUCAGUCACAGUGGAACACACCUGUUACAAUGUACAAGUACAUUUUUCAUUGAGUAACUUUUAAAAUGUGAAGAUGUUUGUAUCUUUUAUAAAACUAUUGUAAAAUGUC